CACCACCACCACUUAUCGGCUGCCUCAAUUCAAUCUGCCCACUGUGAUACCAUCUAUCCUCGCGCACGAGUUCAACCCAACGCCACCAAGUGUCUUUACUCCCAUCUGCGCAACGAAUCCGAUCUACCUAAAUACCCCUCUCGAGAUCAAAAAAAAAAAAUGUCAUACUUCCUCUACUCCAUAACCUUCCUCGUGCUCGUCACCGGCACGAUCCUCUACCUAACCCGGAACUACUGGGUAUCGUUUUCCCCCGGGCGCUCGCACCUGUACUCGCACCUCUCCGGCUCGUUCGCAGGCGACAUCGAAGCGGGCCUGUCGAGCAAUACUUUCGAUCUAGGCGCCAACGUAGAAGGGGGCGAUGCCCGCGCCGGUCUUGACGACGAGGCGAAAGCCCAGAUUCUUGCGAUUAUGAAGAAGAGGCGCAUGCGCUUCGACGAGGCGCGCAGGAUCUAUAUGGAGCAGCGAUUCAGCGCAAAUGGUAUUGCCGCGGAUGGGAGGCCAAAGGACCCCAAGUUCGUCAGUUUCUCAUGAGCGUGUGCGAUUGUAUACCCCGCUGGUUCACGGGCUUAUUCGUUAGUGGGGAUAUACUAGUACACUUCACCGUACCUAGUAGGAGAAGCAUCCUUGGCUCGGUAUUCAGCAUGACUCAAUUGUGCUAUUAGUAUCGUCUGCUCAGAUGUAUUCUAGGACGGGGAAGGGAGUUUCGUAUUGAAGCUAUCAGGUCAUUUUACUAUGCAGUGGUCUAGUACGACUACGGAGGACGGUAAUGGAUCGUUCGAAAUCUACAGCCUAUCACAAUUUCCUUACUUCAAUACAAUAUCGAAGUCUAUCAAAGUUUACACAAGUUACCCAAUGCCUACAUAUGUACCUAGGUACCCAACCUGAUAUACCUAACAUGUAUGCGCAUCUCAGCUAGCCUUGUGUAUCCUCGAACCAUAAGUGAGUUAAACGUGCCAUAGGUAACUUUUAUCAAUCCUUGCUCAUC